ACAUGUUCUAUGCUCUAGAAGUCUAGACGCUCGUAAUUCAAAUUUUAUUUACAGAUAUAAAUAUAAAUAUAUUUAGUUGUUUUAUACAUUUAUGUGUGGAUUCCACUGAAUUAAAAACUUCAUCAACUAUAUAAAAAAUAUUGGUUUAUAGUAAGUACAUUUUAAUAAAUAUUUUAUUUAUAAAACGUUAAGACGAAACCUGAUUUUGUUGGAGGCAAUAGAACAAAACUACACAAAAUUAUUUUUUUUUUAGAAAUAAAUUAAGUACUGUGUAUUGUUUUUAAACUUUCAGUAUAUAAUUAACUAAUAUUAACUUAAGGUUUUUGAGUCUUCCAAACAAGAACCUAUUUUUCAUCUCAUAGUAUCUAUAUUAUAGGUGUAAAAAUCUCCGCUUAAUUUUUAUUUAAUUUGUAAAUAGUGUAAUAUUAUUAUAAUUUGAUAUUCCAUAUGAUUAUUGGAUUAUACUGAUUAUUGUUUAUUCAUCUACAUUAAUUUAUUUACUGGGUGAUAUCAAUUAUUACAAAAGAAUAUAGUAUUGGAUGACCAAAGAAGGGGAAAAUUAAAUUUUAAAAUGCUAAUACUAAUUUUUACUUUUGUAAUGUACUUAAGAUUUUAAAAUUUAAAUUAUGUAUUAGAAAAUUAAUUAUAUAUUUAUUAAAACAUAUUUUUCAACAUUGAUUUUGAAACUGAAUUUUUUUGCUGAAACCAUUAUUAAAAGUUAUGGAAAAAAUAACUUAAAAAAAAAUAUUCGAAAUACGUAAAGCGUGUGUUAAAGUGCAUUUGUUCCUUUACCAUUUUAAUAACUUUAGAUAAAUUAAAUCAAAUAUUAAUAGAAAAAGAUGGAAAUAAGUAUAGAAUUCACCAUAAAUCAAAAUUGUCAAAAUACUUCUGUAAUAUAUAUUUUAUUUUUAGUAUUGUAAAAAAACGAUUUUUAUUUUUCUGUAAACUGGAAUAAUUAUUUAUAUCUAACAUAAAUAUAAAUUAUUUGUCAUUUUUUUAUGGUCUCUUAAAUUAAACAUCCAAACAAAUCUAUCUCUAUCUGUUGGUUUUCAGCUCGACUUCACCAGAUUGUAUUUGGAUGAAAAUCCAUUUUAUUAUUUAUUUCAAUACGGGAUUUACCCAAUUACAAAUUUUAAUUUUAUAAAUAUCCUCCCCUUUUAUAUAAUUUUCCUAGUAUAAACAAAGUCUUCUCUUCGGAAUCUUCUAUAACAUUACCUUUUCCAUAUACAUCCUACUGAUUUUUGUCCAAGUUUUAUAGAAUAUUCAGUUUGCUAAAGAUAUCUCUUAGUUAUUCAUUAUUUCUUCUUUGCCAAUCAAUUAUUUGUGCAUCAAAGCAUGGCCCAUCAUAGGUCUUAAAAUUUUAAUUUUGAAAGCCUUUAGUCUUUCUAAAAAUCCAAUAUCUGAUUAAUAAUAAUCCAAUUUGCAGGUGCCAGGUGAUUUUUAUAUACCUUUAUGUAUGUUUUUAUGGUUAAUCACUGUACUUAAAACAGUCAUAACUUUGUUGUUAAAUUUAUAUACUACUUCUUGUUCUCUUAAAUUCAUGUCCUCCAUCAUUUUAAUCUUUGUUUUGACAUUAGGUAUAUAUACUUUCUAGUUCAUCACAAAAAUCAUCUUUUCCUUCUGUAUUAUCUUCUGUUGGUGUAUGUAUAAUUACAAUCAAUAUUUAUCUACUUGACUUCAAAUUUUAGGUUGACUAUUCUGAAAUCUACUGUUUUGAACAUAAAUAUAAUGUCUAUGAUUCUGAAAUUUACUAUUGUCGAUACUAGGGUUUUAUACACUGAAAAACCUAUUCCAAAUUGUCCUUUGUCAUAGAAUUCAUAAAAUAAAUUAGUAGUAGGUAUCAUAAUUAUAUUAAAAUAUAAAAUAUUGUUAGCAACAUGUUUAGAAAGGUGAAAAUAGCAUUAAAGGUCAGGUAUCUCAGUGUUGAAUUGCCCAGCAAGCGAGACUCUCGGGUUUGAUUUUUAGGGCCACCUAGUUUUUACAGCUAUUUUCUGGUUUACAUAAUAUAUUUAUAAUAUUCAUAAUUUUAAAAGUGUAAAUUAAAUUAUGAUUUAUUAUGUUAUACUUAUAGUUACAAUUAAAUCUUUUUUUUUUUUUUUUUAGGAAGAAUUAUGGAAGCCAAUAGUAUUGUCGAAACAUUAUGUUCAAAGUUAAAAGGUAAACGUCCACCUAUUGAAAUAAUUGAACAUAAAUCAAAGAAACGAAUUAAAAUUAACAAAGACAACAAUGAAAAAAUAUCUAAUACUUUAAAUACAAAAACUGAUCAAAAAAUUAAUAUGAGAAAAUUACAAAAUGAAAUAUUUAAAUUUACAACCCAUUUUGAUGCACAGAAUACUGAAGCAAAAGAACAGCUUGCUAUUAAAUUAGGAGCAAAACCUAGAAAAAAGAACCAUUUAAACUAUAAAGAAUUGAAAGAGAAAUUAAAACAAAAUACUGAAAAGAAGAAACAUCAAGACGAACUUUUUAAAUUACCAAAGACUAUGGUGAGGACAUCAAAAAUGAAUAAUAGAAAUCUUAACAUGAAAAAAAAUAAACAAUCUAUUGAUAUAAUUAAAAAUUAUGGAACAAUAAAAAAUAAAAAAUAAAACUGUAUGACAAUAAAAAAAUAUUUGAUGUGUAUACCAUUAUUUUAUUCUAUAUAAUUUGCAAAAUGUGUAAUAUGUUAAUUAAUUAGAUUUAAUAACGUAAUUUAUAAAAAAAAAAAUUUGUCUAUAAAAUUCUGUGCAAUUGUAAUCAAUCCUUUAUAAUGUUUGAUAGAGCUACCAUAUCUAGCUGUUUAACAUUUUUAUGAGGCCCUAAUGCAAAAUGUGUAGACAAAAGAAAAUUGGUUCUUCCAGGAAAGGAUCCUGACAAAUUGUACCGGUAGUGAAAAGAACUUAAAUGACAAAAGUAAAGUACUAUAGUGCUAUUAUAUUAUUUUAUAUUUUACUUUACUGUUCUAAAUAAGAGGGAGCCAAAUGAAAAUUAGUCAAACUUGUGUGUGUAUUUCCAUUACAGAUAGUUCCUGGCUUUUCAGUGAUGAUGGUAGUAGACCAAUCACAUAACAAUUACACAUAUUUGAUGAGUCCGUACUUAGUUCCAUGACUCAUU